UUUUGGCGCAAUAUUCCUAUUAAACGCGCUCAAAUGUACUUAUCGGUGGCUCAAAUAUUACGAGUAAUUAAAUUGGCGCAAAAUACCAUUUCCCGUGUAGGUACCCAUGUCGUCACGCCGACUUCGUUGGAAUUAUUGAUUUACACCUAUUUCGUUACAGAGCACGGUCAAUUACGUCCUGGCCGGUUGUCAGUACGACUGCUGUCAACCGUGCGACACGGAAGGGUGCGCCGGGGCCACGGACGACAAGGCGUCCGAACCGUGUUGCGACUGCGACGCCGAGUCGGAGACGGCCAAGGUGGAUGUCCGCAAGGUGUUCUAUUUCUUCGAGGAGAAGGGUUGGCUCAAAGACCGGGCCGAGUACUCGCUGUACAUAUUUCCGCCGGAACACGGUUUCAGGCAAUCGUGUGGAAAGUUCAUCAAGCAAAAAUGGUUCGACAACGCGGUGCUCACGUUUAUAGCGUUGAACUGCAUCACUUUGGCCAUGGAGAGACCGAACAUACCGCCGGACAGCAAAGAGCGGACGUUUUUGGGCACGGCCAAUUACGUUUUCACCGUGGUGUUUGCGCUCGAGAUGUUUGUCAAAGUCGUAGCCGCGGGCAUGUUCUACGGCACGGAACCGUAUUUCAAGUCCGGUUGGAACAUCAUGGACGGAUUGCUCGUGGUCGUGUCCAUCAUAGAUCUGCUCAUGUCACUGAUCUCCGAGAGCAGCCCAAAGAUAUUUGGAAUACUAAGGGUGUUUAGACUGUUAAGAUCGCUGAGGCCGUUGAGAGUGAUCAACAGAGCCCCGGGCCUAAAAUUAGUGGUACAGACACUACUUUCGUCUUUAAGGCCAAUAGGCAAUAUUGUACUGAUUUGUUGUACAUUUUUCAUAAUUUUCGGUAUUUUAGGAGUUCAAGUGAGUACAUUAUUAUUAUUAUUAUUAUUAUUAUAAAAUAGAUAACUUUUG